AUGUCGCCAAAAUCUCAGACAUGUGUAUCUGCCGCCGGGACCAGAACUUGCAGUAUAGAGACUUGCUCGCCACCUCCUUUGCUAGGCAGAGAGUCAGGCUCGAGGGUAUGGAUGAGAAUUCAUCACUCUCGCGGACCUAAGUGAUGGCAUACAUCCGAAGGAUAGUAAGUAUAAGAAUAUAGCACGCGUGUAGUAUAAGGCGAUUAACUAAGCGGUAGAGCAUCUGACGAUACCCGGCACCCGCUAUGGAGGGUCGGUUGUUAGAUGGUUAUUGUUUGGAGAGGGCUCUGUUCUCUUCUCUCUUGGGUCGGCCUGCAACCAACAUGGUGGUCAUUGCAAGUCUUCAGCCAGCCUCUGAUGAGAUCGUAUGUCCGUUCAGAUGCCAUGACCCCAAAUGUGCCAGUUGUGGCCUCCCGAACGAGUCUGCCUUUUUCGACACAAUGGGAUACAUUUGCGUGCCCAGACACUCUUCAUUUUGACCAAAUAACGGAAAAACCAGAGUAGGGCGCCAGUUAGCAUAUAAGUCUGCUGGUUUGCAAACUUCAUCUUCAAGUACUGGGCGCAAUUCGAAAUUGCCUCUAAAUUUCUCCUGAUCGGGUAUAGAGAAGAAUGAGCGAAAGAAAUCCUCAACAGGAGCGGACUAAUCUUUUUCGGAUUGAAGCGAUUCUAGAUGGGCUCUC